AUGGUUUUUUUAAAAACUCCACUACCCAUAUGGACAACCAACACAACCGAAGACAAAGUGGGAAAGCCACAAUGUGAAGCGGACCUGCUGAUGACUAUAAGCAAAUCUCAUAUAACGUACCUUCACUUGUGGUACGAAAAUUGGAUGAAAAAGAAAGUCAGAAUAACGGGAAGAUUUGACGAGAACAAAAAGACCCGCAUGUUCAUUCAUGUAAAAGAACUGAAUUACAACAUUUCAGAAGAAAUUGUCUAUUUGAACUGGAUCCAAAAAUGUGCUGUUUUUAUGAUCACUGCACCUUAUCCCGGGCGGUGGACCUGGUUCGAUGUUCGUGUUUGGAACUCUUCUAUCGAGUCCCGUCGUUACACUGACUGCAUUCGAAAAUUCAAAAAACUGCCACAGAAGGGACGUGGAAUCUACAAUGAUUACUGCCAGAAUAUAGUUCAUGAAGGUGCAAAACUACCAAUACUGAUUAUGAAAAGUCAAGAAAAUUAAAUUCAACAGUUAUAAA